AUGACUCUGUUUGGCCACCACCUCUACCACAACUACGCCAGCCAUACUCCACAAUUUCCAUCGUCACCGCAACUACCGUUUCCACCACCUUGGCCACCAGACAGCACCACAACCCCGUUGCCAUCACCUCCAUUGCAACAACAAUGGGUAUGGCCAGGUUUGAGUUCAUAUCCAGACAACCCACAAGAGGCUGCAGAUUCUCUUCUGCCUCUAUUAGAGAAAGCCAACGAGGUUGUUCCAAAAGAUGUCCAACCAGAUACACCUGUUAAAGUCGGGGCAACUGCAGGUCUGAGAAUGUUGGGAGAUGAGACAUCAGAAAAAAUAUUGCAAGCUGUGAGAGAUCUUCUAAAAGAUAAGAGUAACUUCAUGUUCAAAGAUGAUUGGGUAACUGUUUUGGAUGGAACUCAAGAAGGUUCUUACCUAUGGGUGGCCAUAAAUUAUCUGUUAAAAAAUGUAGGCAAUGAUUAUUCAAGCACUGUUGGGGUUGUUGAUCUUGGUGGUGGAUCGGUACAAAUGGCAUAUGCUAUUUCAGAGGUAGAUGCGGCCAAGGCUCCGACGAAUGCACAAGGAGAAGAUCCUUAUGUGACAGAAAUGUAUCUCAAAGGAAGCAAAUAUUACAUUUAUGUUCACAGUUAUUUGAACUAUGGAUUGUUAGCAGCUCGAGCUGGGAUCCUCGGUCUUGAUAAAGAUGCUGACAACCCAUGCAUCUUAGCUGGUUAUGACGGGGUUUAUUCGUAUGGAGGAAUUGAUUACAAAGUUUCCGCUCCUUCCUCUGGUUCAAACAUAAUCAAGUGUCGGAAACAAGCAUUGGAAGUUUUAAAAGUAAAUGAAUAUUGCCCAUACAAGGAUUGCACAUUUGGGGGUGUAUGGAAUGGUGGUGGUGGUCUUGGUCAAAACACUAUGUAUGUUGGUUCCUACUUCUACGAUCGAGCGGCUCAGGUUGGUUUUAUCGAUGAAAGUCAACGUGUUGUCGAAGCUCGUCCACUAGAUUUCCAGGUGGCGGCUCUGGGCGCUUGCUUAACGACACUUGAAGACGCUAAAUCUAGAUAUCCUAAAGUUGACCCCAAUGACCUGCCCUAUUUAUGCAUGGAUCUUGUGUAUCAAUACACUCUACUUGUAGAUGGCUUUGGCUUCAAACCUUGGCAAACUAUUACCCUUGUGAAACAAAUAAAGUAUCAAGAUGCGCUGGUUGAAGCUGCAUGGCCAUUAGGCAGUGCAAUUGAAGCAGUCUCAUCAAACAAUGCACUUGAAGUAGUGUAAGAAGCGGUCAUUUAACUAAAUGUGACU